AUGUCCGGCUUCUUCAACCUCGUUCUGCGCGGCGUCGCCCUGCUCUUCACAAUCAUCAUCACCGGCCUCAUCGGCAAUGUCAUUGCCCAGGACCACAACGCCUCGACCUCGGCCCGCGCCGCCGUAAACUUCACCAUGUUCGUCACGGCACUGUCGUGGGUCGUCUGCCUCUACGGCAUGGUGGCCAGCGUCAUCUCCAGCCUCGGCAUGCCCAUUGUCCUCACCGUGCUCGACGGCCUGGGCGUCCUCUUCACCUUUAUCAGCGCCAUUGUCCUCGCCGCCCGCAUCGGCGGCACAAACUGCUCCAACACGACCAACCGCCCUGGCAACUGGAUCGCCUACGGCUCCGGCAACCCCGAGCACCGCUGCCGCGAGCUGCAGGCCAGCGACGCCUUCAUGUGGUUCCUCUUUGCCACCCUCUGCGGCGGCCUCUUCCUAUCGCUCAAGGAGAUGCGCGGCGGCUCCAUGAGUGCUGCCCGCUCCUCCCGCCCGGCCAUGUCUCAGGUCUAG